AUGCACUUAAUUUUGCUCAUCCCUGAGGGAAAUACAGAAGAAGCUGGAAGGCUGUUGGGUAGCAAGAAUGUCCGUGUCAAUUGCUUGGAUGAGCACGGCAUGACUCCUCUAAUGCAUGCAGCAUACAAAGGAAAAGUUGACAUGUGUAGGUUGCUCUUGCGGCAUGGAGCUGACGUUAACUGCAAUGAACAUGAGCAUGGAUAUACUGCCCUGAUGUUUGCUGGACUGUCGGGCAACAAAGAAAUCACCUGGAUGAUGUUAGAGGCUGGAGCAGAGACUGAUUUUGUCAACUCUGUGGGAAGAACAGCAGCACAGAUGGCUGCCUUUGUGGGUCAGCAUGACUGUGUGACUGUCAUCAACAACUUCUUUCCACGCGAAAGGCUGGAUUACUACACCAAACUGCAAGGUUUAGAUAAAGAGCCCAAACUGCCAGUAAAGUUAGCUGGACCGCUGCAUAAAAUUAUUACUACUACAAACUUGCAUCCUGUUAAGAUUGUGUUGCUGGUAAAAGAGAACCCUUUAUUAGCAGAGGUUGAAGCACUGCAGAAAUCUUACAGAGUGUUGGAUCUGAUUUGUGAGAAAUGCAUGAAACAGAGAGAUAUGAAUGAAGUACUUGCAAUGAAAAUGCACUAUAUCAGUUGCAUCUUCCAGAAAUGCAUUAUUUUCCUAAAAGAGCGAGAGGAUCAACUGGAUGGAUUAAUCAAAAGUCUAUUGAAAGGUAGAGAUCAAGAUGGUUUCCCCGUCUAUCAAGAGAAGCUCAUUAGAGAGUUCAUUCGCAAGUUUCCUUAUUGUGAAGCUACCCUACUCCAGCAACUUGUGAGAAGUAUUGCUCCUGUUGAGAUUGGCUCUGAUCCUACUGCUUUCUCUGUACUUACACAAGCUAUUACUGGUCAAGUGGGGCUUGUGGAUGCAGAAUUCUGUACCACUUGUGGAGAAAAGGGUGCUGACAAGCGAUGUUCAGUUUGCAAAAUGGUAAUGUAUUGUGACCAGAACUGCCAAAAAAUACACUGGUUUACCCACAAAAAAGUCUGCAAAACACUGAAGGAAAUCCAUGAGAAGCAAGAACUAGAAGCUGCCAAAGAAAAAAGGAAACAAGAAAAAAGGCAAAAGAAAGAUGAGGCAGAAGGAGUGGAUACUAGUUCAGUGAGUGAAGAGCAGCAGUCAGACCCUGACCCAUCUACCAAAGAUGACCCAAAUCAUGCAGCUGACAGAACAGAGGAAAGUGGGUUUAACAAAGAUCUUGCAACAUUACCCCCUCCACCUGACAGUGUGUCUGAAAGUGAGCCUGGCCUGCCUGAUACUUGUAUUGAAAAAAGUCAAGACCCCGAAGAGUGAGAGAUGUGGGUGAGGAGUGGUUACGCCUUGCACCUCAAAAGUCAUGGACUUGUCUGUAGCCCUCACAGAACCACAUAUGCAAGACUGCCUGUGCAAGACAGAUGUGUACCCAGAGUUGAGAAAUUGGGCAGUAUGCCUGCCAUGUGAUACUGGAGACUCCAUCAUAGAUGGUCAGAACAAGUCAUUUAUCAUCUGGUCAAAACAAUAGUGACAUUUAUCCAUCUGUGUUUAUACCUACCAUAAGUAUAAUCAAUCUCUGAAUAUCUGAGGUAAAUGUACCACCAACUAGUGAAGUGGGAAAUCCAAGUAAUUUGGCUGAUUCUUACUUUCAAAAUGUAAAAGUCCUAUUUUGUAGUAAUAUAAAGAUUUUCCUGAAAGUGCAACAGAAAUGCAGCUGAGAGUCUUAGGAAGCUGCAUGGGAAGUUGGCAGUUAAAUUGCAUCUAAUUUCUGCAACUUCAUAUAAAGACAGCUUUGUAACAUUACGUUUUUGAGACCCUUCAAUUGGAUUUUGAAGACUUCACUACUUCACUGUAAUGAGUUAGUUUCCAGUAGAUACACAGCAAUAUUUGUCUGUGUUGUGAGAGUUUCAUUAAAUGAUACUGUUGUUCCAGAUGUCACAAACUGACUGUGAGUGUAUCUUCCAAAUAAAUGAUUUUUUUUCUCAGACAA